AGAAACCAUUUGCUGCUGUUUUCAAAUUUUCCAUGUUUCGUAGUUACAUGGGAAAAAAUUGUUCAACUCUACAGUUGUUCACCGCUUGAUAUAUUCUGGUGAAUAAUUUGCAUUCUCGCUAAUACCGGUUUUGCAUAAUAUGAAAGUGAAUAGUAGCUUACGUAACGAUUAGACUUUUACCGCAAACCAGUUUCGUUGUUACUAAUAUUUGUGACGCAGGACGCGAAAGAAGCAUACGCAUCUCAUUUCAGCCGAUUUUGGGACAAUUGUGAAUGAAACUGGGAUCUUAAAAAAGGAAAGACUGUUGAAACUUCGGUACGUACUUUUGUCUUCAGUGACAGUGCCCGAGGAUGGUAAAAGGAAAGCGGAACAGCCUUAACACCACAGCUGCCGACAAUAACAGAAGCUUGAUGUUUGGUGCAAUCGAUAAUGACAGGAUCAUUUUUGAGGAAGAAGAAAUGCCAAGGGGACUUCGAGAACCUUUCAUCAAGUCAGGAUACCGGCGAGCUAACAGCACGCCUUGGCAGUGUUUGAAAAGCCUUUUCUACAUCAAUAAUGAAAGCUUUAACGUUUGGAGCCACAUCAUAGCGGCACUAUACUUCGCCGUGCGCUAUGGAAUGGCUGUUUCCAAUCAAAUGGACUCAAUUUUAGACCCUUUUAAUUUGCCUCUAUUGGCCUCCGCCAUGGGGACUGUCAUUUUGUACUCUUCUAGUGCAACCGCUCAUCUUUUCAACUCAAUUUCUGAGAGAGGAUAUAAGAUCUGCUUCUUUUUCGACUACUCAGCGGUCAGUUUUUAUACAUUUACCUCAUGCCAAGCUAUGUUCUUCUAUGCUCGACCAGUGAAUUCUCAUUGGAGGAUUUUUGAAUCACCAGCUUUGUACCUGAGUCUAGCAGCUCUGUUUUCGUUUCUUGUGACCUACGGUUGCUGCAAAACAGAUGCUGCAGUGAACAAAUUCAGCACUUUUUUGCGGAUGUUAUCAGCUAUCGCCGCUUGGAUCCACAGUACCUUACCAAUUCUGGUUGGCAUGACUCUUUGCACCUGUCACGCAGCCAACAAGAGAUGUUUGUCCUUCUCCACUUGUAGCAGUUUACCCGUCAGUUAUUUCCUUCGUCACGCAUUUUAUACUUUUCUAGCAGGGUUCAUGUACAGCACCAGGUUACCUGAACGCCUCAUUUCCGGAAAAUUUGAUCUGGUCGGGAACAGUCACCAUUUUCUGCACGUCUGUGUUGCCGUAGGAACGGAAUAUGCCUUCAAAAUGGUUGAAUUUGAAAUCAAUGCCAGGAAAGCCAAUAAAUUGUUGCAGGAGACAACCAAUUAUGUGUCCAUUCUUAACACCUUGGUCGCGGCCAUAUUGGUGAUGUUUUUAAACGCUGGUAUUGCAUUCUGGUUCUCUAUGGCUCUUAAGAAGAAGGAAAGUGUUCAUAAAAACUAACCUGGAGUUAUUGAUCUAGUCACUGUAUGGUGUUAAGUGACUUUAAAAAAAAACUGAUUUUUAGAAGAAAUAAAUCAUAUGAACCAGUCUAACAGAAAUUUUAAAAAGAAUUUUCGAAGCUGGGAAGAGGCACUAAAGAAUGUAGUGUAAAACGCUUUCAGUUCGUACGUU